AUGUCCGCCCAACCAGCACCAUCCCGCCCCGCGCCCGAUCACCGCCGCUCCUCCACCGCCCCAAAACGCACAUCCAUCCUUCCCAAGCCAUCCUCCAUCUUCCUCGACUCCACCGUUCUCAUUGCUCAACACGCGCAAAUCACCGGCACCCAUCCUGUGACUAUUGGCCCGAAUACGGUUCUACAUCCACACAGUAAACUCAGCAGCGCGGUCGCACCUGUUGUUUUAGGUGAAGGAUGUGUCGUGUUUGAACGCGCGAAAGUGGGCGUGGGUAUGGGUGGUGAGGCAGAUGGGGGAGCCGAGGGGAGGCGGGCAAGUAUGGCACCGCCCGCACGCAGUAGCGCGCAUGUCAGGGAUUCGAUGCGGAGUGAAGGAACGGUUCUCGGAAAAAACGUGGUCGUGGAUUCUGGUGCGGUUGUUGAGGCUGCAGAGGUGGGUGAGGGUAGUGUGGUCGAGGUUGGUGCUGUGCUUGGCAAGGGAAGUAUUAUUGGAAAGUACUGCACUAUCUCGGCGUCCUCGAUCAUACCCCCGUAUACCCGCUUGCCAGAUUAUACCGUCGUGUUUAGCGGGAACCAACAGCGUGUUGAUAAGACGUUGCAGUUGAGACCAGAGAUACUGGAUGCGAAGAUGGCAGUUCAUGCGAAACAGUUGGACAUGUUCAAGAAGCUUAUUCCAAAUAAUAUCGCGAAGUGGGCUUAG